AUGAAGACGAACGAGAAGACAACCAGGAGAGACGACGACAAGAGGCAACAAUGCAAAGUUGCAAUAAGAGAGCACAUGAGCGGCAGCUCAACCAAUGUUUUCUCUAGUGGAAGAUUGAGGUACAUGGAGCUUGUUGUCCUCUCGGCCAUGAUCAUCAUGCCUUGUGCGGUUUCUUGCCCCAUGUUCCGAUGCAGUGGGAGGAGGCAGGGGCAGCUUGUCCAGUCCCUGUCUCCCUCCUUAUCCACUUUUGUCCCCUCAGACACCCUCAAGCUUGGCACUGCGAUCAACACUGACAUAGUUCGAGACAAGAACGGUGUUGUCUUCGUGCUGAGCACGACCGGGACGCUGUUUGCCCUCAAGGAGGCGCCAGUGCAGUCGGCAGGGGACGCCUGGAACCCUCAGCCGAAGCAACUGGUUGAGCUAUGGCAGCAUAAGAUCGCAGCAUUCCUGUCCGACCAGCUCACAGUUUCUGUUCCGCUAAUCGUGAACAGCACGAGAGACGACUAUCUCCUGGUAGUCGCGGCUCAGAACUCGGUGGUUGCCAUCCAAGGGAAGUCGAUCGAGCAAGGAUACAAGGAAGUCUGGGUCGUCGAUCUUUGCCAGAUGGUAAGCGGAGGAGUCGCGUCCUGCUCCCUCAACGUCUACAUGUCCUCCCCUGUCCCGUCCUCCGACGGCUCCUCCCUCUUCGUUUGCACAGGCUCAACGGGAACAGCAGCUGGAGCUUGCUUCUGCUUGGACGCCAAGACGGGAGCGAGGAGGUGGAUCUACAACCCGGCUCCAGACUCCUACCUCUCCUCUCCCGCCUUAGUCGGGGACUCGCUCGUCAUCGCCGCGCGUCUCUCGGGGAACCUGCAUUUUGUGUCGGCGGUCAGUGGGCAGCCAGUGAGGGUCGUCAAUCUCAACAGUCAGAUCACCGGGACUCCCAUGAUAUCGCCCAACAACGACAUCUACCUCUGUCUCAACAGCGGGUCUCUCCGCAAGAUCAGCUCCAACGGUGAUGUCCUGUGGCCUGACAACAGCUUCUGCGGGGGAUGGGAUGGCUCCUCCUCGCCCGUCCUCCUGCCAUCCGGAGAGAUCGCGGUCGUGUCAGGAUACCAACUCGUCGUUGUCAGCGAUGGCGGUCAAAGUUUGCGCACUUUCUGCGCCAGCGACGUGCCGGCACACUGUCUUUCCAACUACUCCAACGCACCUGCCAUGCAGGCGUCUGCUGUCCUGACCGCUGACGGGACUCUCCUCCUUCCCGGAGACGCCAACACUCUCCUCGCAGUGACGGCAGCGGCAGCUGGGAGUCUGGUGGAGAGUUGGAGGUUUUCUGCUCCUGCUCCGCUUGAGAUCAAAUCAGCUCAGGUCGUUCUGGACGAUGGCAAGGUCGUGCUUGCAGCUCGGGACGGCACCCUCUACACUGUCGGGAGCUUCCGCGUCCUCGGAGCAGGCGAAGUUCGAGUCAACGUGCCCCUCGCUCUUACCGCACCGGACAUGAAGAACUUUAGAGGAGGGAUGCUGCUGGGAUUGCUGCUGGACCUGUCGCUGCUCCUCUCCAACUACAGUCAAACUUUCAUCUCUUCAUCACAAACUUUCAUUGCAAGCAUCGACUAUUCAGCAGCUGCACCAGCAGAGGCUCGGGUGUGGUACGUAGUUCGCGAUCUCUCGAGCAGCCAAACCUCUGCCAUCAGAUCAGCGUUUGCCAACGACAAGCUUCUCCUUAACAUCAAGACAUGUUUGCUUGUCUAG